CCCCGGGGGGCGGGGCCGGGGCCCGGGCCCGAGGAUUCGGACAUGGGUUCCGCUCAGAAGGGUUCCGUCUACCAGAUGGGUACGGUCAACCAGGCGGGGUCCAAAAUGGCCGUGAGCGCUCAGCGAGCGGCUCAGGUCUCCCUCAGCCCCUCCCCGCAGAGGGGCCCCACGUUCUCCCUGAGCGCCUCAUCGCAGCAGUCGGCCGAAAUCUACCUCCGGGGACCCGACGCCUCCCCACCUUCUCCCCCGAGGGGACCCGACACCUCCCGGACUUCCUCUCCCCAGCGAGGAUCCGUGGCCUCCCGGACGUCUUCUCCCCAGAGGGGCCUCGACGCCUCUCGAGCUACCUCUCCCCAAAGAGGACCCGACCCGGCCCCUGCCACCUGCCCUCCCCGGGGACCCUCUUGCACCCAUGCGACCUCUCCCCCGAGAGACCCCGAAAGCUCGGCCCGGCGAGGGACCGACGGCCCUCCUCGGCAGAGGGCGGAACUGGCUGGCGGCCCCUCGCCCCAGCGAAGAGCCGAGUUCACCCAGAAUGUGUCGUCGCACGUCAGCGGCUCAUCCAGACCCGGGAAGGUGACCGUGGCGGCCGACACCCUGCUGAUCGCCAUGCAGCGGAGCAUUAAUCCGCAGAGAGAGGAGGCCCCGCGCAGGGGUUCGCUCUUCUCGGGCUCCGAAACGACCUGCAGAACCUCCUUCUCCCCGGACACCAAAGGGUCUCCCCCGAGAUCGACGUCGGUCGUCAAGACAGACGUGAAGCCCGCCGAGCCCAUCCGACGGACCCCCCUCCAGCCAGAGCCCGACUCGCCCUCCGGGACCUCGGCCCCACAAGGGACCAAGUGUCCCCGGAGACAUCUCAUCCACCCAAAGGAUGAGGCGACCCAGACCGACCCUCCCCGGAGGGGCCCGGUCCCGCCGGGGACCCGACCGUCCCAGAAGGUCGCUGCGGCCCCGGACCCAGAGUCGGCCGGCCGGGACUCGGGGAGCCCGGAGGCCAAGCCUCCCCCGAGGGGCUCGGCCUGCCUAGAGGCGGAGUCGGCCUUCAGGAUCUCCCUCCGCACGGAGGCCGAAUUAGCCCAGCGGACCUUGGGGCGUCCGGACCCCGAAGCCGGUCACAGGGGCUACGCCUCCCCAGAGGUCAGAUCCCCCUCCAGGGUGGUGGCAGGCUCCGAAGUGGAGUCCGCCCGCCGAGUCCACAUCUGCCCGGAUCCCGAACCCCCCCGGAAGGUCUCUCUCCACCCGGAGACCGAAUCUCCCCGGAGGGUCUCCGGCCGGCUGGCGCCGGACACCUCCCGGAAGGCCGCCGUCCAGCUGGAGGCGGACGCUUUCCGGAGGGCCGCCGUCCAGCUGGAGACCGAAUCUCCCCGAAGGGUCUCCAUCCGGUCAGCGCCCGACGCUCCCCGGAGGGCCGCCGUCCAGCUGGAGACGGAAGCCUCCCGGAGGGCCACCGUCCAGCUGGAGAUGGAAGCCCCUUGGGGGACCGUCGUCCGUCCGGAGAGCGGACCCUCCCUCGGGGGCCCACCGGCCCAGUCGGCCUUCGGCUCUUCUCCCGGCCCCGUGGGCUACCUGGAGCCCAUCCCCGAAUUCACUCCCAGACCGUUACCGCCGCGGGCCCUGCCCAGGUACGGCCCCGAAUCCCCCUGGUGGGCCUUGCUGAACCCGGAAGCGGGCUCGCCAUCCAGGAGCCGCCCGGGAGCCUCUCCCCCCAGAGCCGAGGUGGAGUUCCCCGAUCCCGAGCCGGAGACCGGCACGACUCCCCCGGCGGCGGAGACGAGUCCCGCGGAUCCUUUCGUGACCAGGAUAGACGUGGCCUUGGAUCCCCUGUGCGAGGAGCUGGCGCUCCCCAGGGAGGACCCGGCGGUCCCGCCCUCCCAGCCCAAGCGGCCCUCCGGUCUGGCAAAGCCCAGAGACGCGCUGCGGAUUCCCGGCUGCCCCUCGGAAAGGAUCGGACCCGUCAGAGUGGCCAGGAAGGAGAGCGUCCCCAGAUUUAGCGCGUUCUUCCUGGAUGUUUCGGAGGAGAUGUACAGUAGGGUCAUCUGGUGGUUGAAAGAUGAAGAGAUCAGGCGCUUCCUGGAGGACCCCGAGGAGGCGGAACUGGCCCAGUUCGUCCAGGAGUUCCCCGGGGGGGACGGCGGCGGCGGCGGGGGUGGCUGCCGGCGGCCGGAGCCCGAGGAGCCGAGCUCUAGGGAUCCGGAGGCGCUGCCCGCGGCCCCGGAGCCCGACCCCAGGCCUCCCGCUCGGCCCUGGCCCCCCGACGGUCACCAGCACAUCUCAGCCCCAGCCCCGCUCAGCCCCCUGACUAGGCCCCGCAGCCCCUGGGGCAAGCUUGACCCCUACGACUCCUCUGAGGACGACAAGGAGUACGUGGGCUUUGCCACCCUCCCCAACCAGGUCCACCGCAAGUCUGUGAAGAAGGGCUUUGACUUCACUCUGAUGGUGGCAGGAGAGUCGGGGCUGGGCAAAUCCACCCUCAUCAACAGCCUCUUCCUCACCGACUUGUACAGAGACCGCAGACUCCUCAACGCCGAGGAGAGGAUCACCCAGACGGUGGAGAUCACCAAGCACAGCGUGGAAAUCGAGGAGAAGGGCAUCAAGCUGCGGCUGACCAUCGUGGACACGCCGGGCUUCGGGGACGCGGUCAACAACACCGAGUGCUGGAAGCCUUUGGCCGACUACAUCGACCAGCAGUUCGAGCAGUAUUUCCGGGAUGAAAGUGGCCUGAACCGCAAGAAUAUCCAGGACAACCGGGUGCACUGCUGCCUCUACUUCAUCUCCCCUUUCGGCCACGGCCUGCGGCCCCUGGACGUGGAAUUCUUGAAGGCCCUGCACCAGCGGGUCAACAUCGUGCCCAUCUUGGCCAAGGCGGACACCCUGACGCCCCCUGAGGUGGAGCACAAGAAACGGAAGAUCCGUGAAGAGAUUGAACGUUUUGGGAUCCGGAUCUAUCAGUUCCCAGACUGUGACUCGGACGAGGACGAGGACUUCAAGCUGCAGGACCAGGCCUUGAAGGACAGCAUUCCCUUCGCCGUCAUCGGGAGCAACACAGUGGUGGAGGCCAGAGGGCGGCGUGUGCGGGGGAGACUCUACCCUUGGGGCAUCGUGGAAGUGGAGAACCCGGCCCACUGCGACUUCGUCAAGCUGCGGACGAUGCUGGUUCGCACCCACAUGCAGGACCUGAAAGACGUGACCCGGGAGACGCACUAUGAGAACUACCGGGCCCAGUGCAUCCAGAGCAUGACCCGCAUGGUGGUCAAGGAGCGCAACCGCAACAAGCUGACACGGGAGAGCGGCACCGACUUCCCCAUCCCGACCAUCCCCCCCGGGGCCGAUGCUGAGACCGAGAAGCUGAUUCGGGAGAAAGAUGAGGAGCUGCGGCGGAUGCAGGAGAUGUUGCAGAAGAUCCAGCGGCAGAUGAAGGAGUCCCACUAGCCUCGCCCCGCCCUGCGCCGCGCUCCCCCAGCCCCGUCCGGCCUCUCUCCUCGCUCACCUGCGCCGGCCCGCCGCGGCUCCAUCUCCUCCCGGUUCCUUCGGCUACUGCUCCUUCGCCUCGCUCCCCGAGCCCGACCCCCGCCUGGCCCCAGAGACUUAGAGGAAAUAAAGUCUAACGAACUCUA